CUCCCCUGUUUCUCGUAGAAGCCUCCAUUAAACAAUUCUCCUCCUCUAUUUCUUCUCUCUACUCAAACAGCCCAUCUCAACCGACCGCUACUCUUUCUCCUGUCAUUGCUUCUUCAACUCUCAACCCAGAGCCAGCCAACAUUUUCAUCACUAGAAAUAAAAAAGCCAAUCACGAAAGUGAUGACGGUCACGUCUCACCCUCCAAGCCUCUUGCUUGAAUCCAACUCCACCACUCCUCAACUCAAAGAUUGCUCUUUUCUUGCUUCAAGGUCCCAUCUUUAGUCAAUUUGGGAUUAAUUUAGUGAUAAAGAUUGAGUCUUUGAUAUCUUGGUCUCACCAUGACUGAGGUACUCCAAUCCCCAUCUCACUUCCCUUCUCCUUCAAGCUCCUCCCCACCCACAACCAGCAAUGAUGGCCCAUACCCACAUGCCCUUAUCUCCUCCAGUCCUUCUAUAGGUCACAGCCUUCAAGCCCAUUUGGGUUCUGAGGAAGAAGAAGAGGAGGAAGACAGGAAGAGGAGCGAGAGAUACAGAGAGGGAGAUCAGCUGUCGCUCUUGACGCUUCUGGUGGCUGCUUUUAGGAAGUCUUUGAUUGGGUGCAGUACUACUGGUGUUGAAAGGGCUAGGAUUUCCAACAUGGAGAUUGGGUGGCCUAGUAAUGUGAGGCAUAUUGCUCAUGUCACGUUUGAUCGGUUCAAUGGCUUCCUGGGUUUGCCGGUUGAGCUUGAGCCUGAGGUUCCCAGGAGGGCUCCUAGUGCUAGUGCAAAUGUUUUCGGGGUUUCCACAGAGUCUAUGCAGCUUUCAUUUGAUGCCAGAGGAAACAGUGUCCCCACAAUACUCAUCAUGAUGCAGAGACAUUUAUACGCACAGGGGGGUCUGCAGGCAGAGGGAAUCUUCAGAAUUAAUGGUGAGAACAGUCAGGAAGAGUACGUCAGGGACCAAUUAAACAGGGGAGUAAUACCAGAGGAUGUUGACAUGCACUGUUUAGCAGGUCUUAUUAAAGCUUGGUUUAGAGAACUCCCAACUGCUGUAUUGGACUCUCUCUCACCAGAGCAGGUAAUGCAAUCACAGACAGAAGAGGAGUGUAGUCAACUUGUAAGGCUCCUUCCGCCAACAGAAGCUGCAUUAUUGGAUUGGGCAGUAAAUUUAAUGGCUGAUGUUGCACAGAUGGAACACCUGAACAAGAUGAAUGCCCGCAACAUUGCCAUGGUUUUUGCACCAAACAUGACUCAGAUGGUAGAUCCUUUGACUGCAUUGAUGUAUGCAGUCCAAGUGAUGAAUUUUUUGAAGACUCUUAUAGAGAAGACAAUAAAAGAAAGAGAAGAGGCCAUGGUGGAAACUGCCCCUAUCCCACGUCUGGAGCCUUUUGAUGAGGAUGAGCACCAAAGUACUUUUAACCCAUAUCACGAAGAGACUAAUGAGGAGGCUAACAAGGAAAAUGAAGAGGAGAAUGUAUUUGUUGCCGAAGAGCCUACUUUACAGAGCCCCCCACACCCUUCACAAGCGGAAACUACAGCCGAAAGUGGAUCCCAGAGUUUCCUCUCUUCUAUCAAAAAUAUGAUUCCUGGAGGAAAUUGGUCUGUAGUUGAUAACUGUCCUUGUGAAGUUGUAUCCCAAGUUAACACAUUAGCAAAUGGGCUUCAAGACCAAGAGGAUGACUCAACAGGUCAAGGUAGAGAGGCGCAGACAAACAUGUGGAAGAGUCAACCAAGUGUUUCGAAUCUGAAGAAGGGAUCGAAGGUCAGUGAGCAGCUAAUGAUACAAAUGGUUGGGCCUGGAGAAAAAAGCAAGAGAACUCGGAUACUUAGCCACAUAAAUUCAAGGACAGAUAUCGCUGAAGCUUGGCGCUGAAGGGUGUUUUUGCCUGCAGCUUUUGGGUGUUGGGAGAUCGCCCAUUUGUUUGUCAGCUCUCAAGUUUUUCUUGCUCCCUUGUGAAAAUGUUGUUUUUGUGUAUGCGUCUGUCUGUAUGAUCUCAUGUGUGCUUUAUACAUUUGUUCUGGAUGAUGUUCAUAACCUUUUGCCUAACCCAUUCUAACAUUUCGUGUUGUUCAUAUGGAUUUAUGCCAUUAUGGAUAGAUUCUAUGAAAUAUUGGAAAUUUCUUGUUUCA